UAUUCAGCAUGGCAAGACCAGUAACCUAACAAUAAGACCGGUAACCUAACAAUGGAAUUCAGAGAAGAACUAUACAACACUCGAGGAUUCAGCUCCUUUCUCCAAUACAGAAACGAACGAAAGUUCUGCGAUGUCACCUUGAAAACCAAUGAUAAACUCCUACACGCCCACAAAAUUGUUCUAGCAUCCCAGAGUCCUUACUUUAACGACAAACUAUUCAGCACAGAGGAGCCCAUCACCCAGUUAGAGCUACCAAGUGAUGUUACCACCUCAACUGUUGAAUUGGUCCUGAAUUUUAUCUACACCGGCUCUAUUGUCGUGGAUUCCUUCAACUACCGGGAGAUCAUGAUCCUGCAGAACCUGCUGGAGAUUACUGAUCUGUCUGACAUGCUUUAUAAAUCGUUGAGAAAAUUCGUCACCCCUCAGAAUCUUAGAACGUUUAUCAAAUCAUAUUCAGACUUAACUUAUAUACCAAGUUUACGGGAACAUUUUGAUCAUGUCUUCUUGCACUCGUUUGAGGGAAUGGCUCAGGAUUUGUUGAGUGUGGGUGCGGAACUUUUGGACGUGAUCAGUUUGUUGGGUAGAUCGGAGCUGAAUGUGGAACAAGAAUCAUCAGUUCAUGCAUUCCUUGACAGUUGGUUAUCCAUCCACCAAGCUGAGUUAACCAGUACGGAUAUGAAGGAGGUAAUGAAGUUGGUGUGGUGGCAAGAUCUGGAGAUGCAGUGCCUCAGCUCCAUUUAUUUUAACAAUGGUAACGAAACUGCUGAGGUACAGAAACCACUGGCUUUGAACGCUCUUCAGCAAAAUACCAAGGAUACGAAGGAAACCAGAUAUAAGAGAGCAGGACAGUACCUCAGAGCAAUGUUCGCUGUUGCUAGUUACGAAGGGUCCCAUAUCUGGGAACUUCUCAGAGCAGACACUGUAGAUCUAGAGUGGUUUGAUUUGGGAGAAUGUCCAUUGAUGAACACCGAAAAAGCAACAUGUUGUUUUCUUGACGGAUGGCUUUAUGUUCUGGGUAACAAUGGUGACCUAAUCAGAUACUCAGUUUACGUAAAGAAGUGGGAGGAGUGUAGGCGGACCCCGUACUCUUUUGUUCGAUGUUACGUGAUGUGUACAGCAGAAAAUCAGGUGGUUGUGGUUGGAGGGGACCACUCUACAGGCAGAUCUGUGAUACGGUACGAUCAGCUGGAGGAUACUUGGUACACUGGCACAGCAUUACCCAGAUUCUGUGAUAGGUUCAGCGGUGUUCACAUCAAGGAUACACUCUAUAUCGUGGGACAAAGCCAAAAAGAGGAUAUAAUAGUACAGUACUACACAAUAGAGACGAAUACCUGGGAAGUGAUAGAGGAGCCUGACCAGGGACCCUAUGAUGUCCCUGUCUCCGCUGCUAAUAAUAACAAUAUGGUUUAUAUACUGGGGGGCCAGGCUCCAACUGAAGACAGGCCAGAAGAAGGAUCCAUAUUGUUUAGGUUUAAUCCUAGUUUUGAGAACGCAACCGUUCUCCACCCACUCCCCAGCUGCUGUAUCAAUGCAAAGCUUGUAUCAGUGCAAGACAAGUUGUACAGUGUAGGAGGUAUAGAGAAAGGUCUGGUUCUAGACGUGAUAAACAAAUACUGUCCUCUCACGGAUUCCUGGUCCGUAUUGGAGUGGAAGUUUCCCUGGCACACCAAAAGAUUUUCUGUCACCACUCUCUCAUGAUGAUUAAUUACUAUACACUCGACUGUCACGUGAAUUUUUCAACUCGUUCUCUAGCUGGCCCUGAACGACUAUUCGGGGGCUCUUUUAGAAAAAUCUCGGAGAUCGACUGUAGAGCGAUUUAGCACGCUCGACCACUCUCUCAUGAGACUAUUUCAAGAAAAUUUCUGAUUUCUGAUUUUUUCUGAAUAGACUCAGUGAUGAAAAUGUUUAAAUGGAGGUUGAUAGGUAAAUCACGUAUUGAUACGUAUCUCUCAUGAGACUGCCACAGAAAUCGGGAAACUUGUUUUGUUGUUUGAUUAUUUGUUUGGUGGUAGAGAAACUAUUUUUUCUUUUAUUGAUUGUUUCCUCAUCUUUCAGUGAACAGCACUUAAUCU